AUGACGGCCGUUACAUACGCGCCGCUGGCGGGUCCUGCGCCUAAUGGAUACGCCGCGGGCAUGCGCGCCAACCAGAUCUGCCGCGUUUCCCUUGCCAUCAUCGGCACUGCGUUGUUGUGGGUGCCCUUCCGCCUUCUCGUUCAGAAUAGGGAGUUUGUCGCCACGGUCCUUGUGGUCGACGUUGCCAUCAUCAACCUCUUCACCAUCAUCAACGCCUCCGUCUGGCCAAAUGACCACUGGGACGACUGGUGGGACGGACAGGGCCUCUGCGACCUCGAGGUAUACGUGACCGUCCCACUGCACACCCUCUAUGCUGCCUGUAUCUUCGCUAUCAUGCGAAACCUCGCACACCGGCUCCGAUUGCGAAGAAUGGGCGAACUCACCAAGCGCGAGAAGAGGCGCGAGACCGUCCUUCAAGCCGUCAUACUCUUCACCGUCCCUGUCAUCCAGCUCGUAUGUAUGUGGUUUGUCCAGACGCAGCGCUACCUCAUCGGCGGUGUUUUGGGCUGUUUCGCAAGCUAUGAUGACGAUGUGUUGAAGAUCAUCGUUUUCAAUUCACCCCCUGCUCUCUUUGCCGUCUUCACGGUGCCGUUCGCAUAUCUCACAUGGAAGCGUUUCCGACAGGCCUCAAAAUCUACCAGGGCUGCGCUGCAAGCAAACACUGAGGCCUCAUCGCGCUCCCACCGUGCCCGCAAACGACUGUACUUGAUGGCCUUGUCCAUCAUCACACCAUAUGUGCCUCUGCAGAUUGCGUUCCUUGUGUACAAUGCUAAGACCACACAGCUGCAUGACUACAGCUUGCAGCAGGUCCACUCCGGCUCGAGCGCAUACCCCUGGAAUGCUGUCACCUUUGUCCCGUACUGGAUGAUCAACUUCGUGGCCAUGAACCAGCCGUACGUUGCCAUCGUCACGGCCAUCCCCAUAGUCUGGUUCUUCGGCAUGACGAAGGAGGCAAUCGAAACGUACCGCAAGUUUCUGUGUCGCCUCGGACUUUCCAAGUGUUUCCCCAGACUCAAGGAUCCUUAUGAGCCCGAUCGUCCCCGCAGCGUCAUUGAGCCAGGCAGAAUCAGCCGGCUGAGCACGUCCAGGUAUGCCAUUACUAGCAUUGGCAGCUCCCACACCGGGGCCGGCGUCCGCCAUAGCGGCCUUCCGAACGUCCACCAUCAAGCCAUCAUCACAUCCGAUGGUCCGUAUAUCCCGCCGCGUCACUCGUCCGCUUCUGGUCCCUCCAUCCCUCCCCGUGGCUCAUCACUGGAAGGCGGCAUUUUGAAGCGCGUUCAAUUUGCCGUGAAGAUGCCUUCUAUCCAGUCCCUCCGGAGCUUAGGCAAGAAGAAGCCGAAACAUGAAAGCGCUUCGGGUGCUAUCGGCGACGUGGAACAGAUGAUCCCGCUCCAGGACCUGGGCACGGGGGCCCUGCCGCGAACGCCCGGCUCCGCGCCCUCGCCGCAAGUGCCGCUGACGCCGUUCGGGCCGCUGACGGGCGAGCACGGCGGCGGCUCGGUCUCGACGCACGACAUGUGCUCGUCUCCGUUCGGCGAGCUCGGCACGCGCAGCCAGAGCGCCAACUCGCUCUGGCCCGGCCUCCUCGGCCACCUCCGCGGAUCGUCGUCCUCGCAGCGGCCCGUGAGCGAGCACUUCGCCGGCGACGCCGAAGCUUAG